CCUCCUCUUCCUCUUCCCCUCCUUCCAUCCCGCGGUUAGCCGUCUUCCCCGGUCCGUUCCUCCCCCUCGCUGGGAGACCAGGAGGGAGGACCACCUCUAGACGGACCACCACCUGGGGACCCUGUAGACCACCACCACCACCCCCUUGGACCCUUUGGACCACCUGGGACUCUGUGGACCACCCGGGACCCUGUAGACCACCACCAACACCCCCUUGGACCCUUUGGACCACCCUGUAGACCACCACCACCCGGGACCCUGUAGACAAAGGGGGGACCUGACCCGGAGUUUCCAAGGCUUUCUUGGGGGGGGGGGGACGCGAACUGACAGGAGAUGGAGUGACAGUGGGUUGAGUCAUUAGUCGGAAACCUUCCGGAAGCAUCCUUAACCCCUCCACCACCUCCAACCCCAGCACCGCCUCUCGCCCCCCUUUCCUGAAAACACACUCGUCCUCGUGUGUGUUUUCGCCGCCCGCCCGCCGCCCAGACCCCCACAGCCCCCCGGUCCCCGGCGCGCUCUGUCCCCAGCGAGGGUGCCUGUCUGGCAGCCACUGAGCAGGCGACAUGUCCCACAGCCGGAGGAACACGUACAACCGGACCACCAGCAGCGGCAGCAGCAGGAUGAGCUCUGACGGGGGCGGCCGGCCGGCCCGGGUGGGGUCGGUGGUGGAGGUGAUCGGCAAGGGGCAGCGCGGCACGGUGGCCUACAUCGGCACCACCCUGUUCGCCUCGGGGAAGUGGGUGGGGGUGAUCCUGGACGAGGCCAAGGGCAAGAACGACGGCACCGUGCAGAGCAAGCGCUACUUCACCUGCACCGAGAACCACGGCAUCUUCGUCAGGCAGUCCCAGAUCCAGCUGAUAGAUGAUGGGGCCGACACGACAUCUCCGGAGACACCUGAGCCCUCCACCGCCAAGGUCCUCAAGAGAGCAGAAAGCGCGGACACGACCAAAUCGACUAAACUGCGAGGAGUGAAGCUGAAAAAGACCCCUGCACCGAGGAAGACUACGGUCAGAAGAACUAAGCCGCCGAGCCGUGCGGCGGCGGCGGCGGGCGCGGCGGGGGCUAAGGGGGGUCCGUCGGGGUCGGCCUCGGCCUCGGCCGGGGAGAUGAGCAGCAGCGAGCCCAGCACCCCCGCCCAGACCCCCCUGGCCGCGCCCCUCAUCCCCACCCUGCUCUCCCCCGGAGCCCUGCCCCCCCCGGGACCCACCAAGGAGGAGGAGUCUCUGCGGGGGCAGGUCAAGGACCUGCAGGAGAAGCUGGAGACGCUGAUGAUGAAGCGGGCGGAGGACAAGGCCAAGCUGAAGGAGCUGGAGAAGCACAAGAUCCAGCUGGAGCAGCUGCAGGAGUGGAGGAGCAAGAUGCAGGAGCAGCAGGCCGACCUUCAGAGGCAGCUCAAGGACGCCAAGAAGGAGGCCAAGGAGGCGCAGGAGGCCAAGGAGCGCUACGUGGAGGAGAUGUCGGACACGGCGGACGCCAUCGAGAUGGCCACGCUGGACAAGGAGAUGGCGGAGGAGCGGGCCGAGUCCCUGCAGAUGGAGGCCGACUCCCUGAAGGAGAAGGUGGACGAGCUGUCCAUGGACCUGGAGCUCCUCAAGCACGAGAUCGAGGAGAAAGGCUCCGACGGAGCGGCUUCCAGCUACCACGUCAAACAGCUGGAAGAGCAAAAUGGCCGACUGAAAGAAGCACUGGUCAGGAUGCGGGACCUGUCUGCGUCGGAGAAGCAGGAGCAUGUGAAGAUGCAGAAGCAGGUGGAGAGGAAGAGUGGGGAGCUGGAGGUGCUGCGCGGCCAGAAGGAGAAGCUCCAGGAGGAGGUGAAGGGCGCCGACAAGACCGUGGACGAGCUCAAGGAGCAGGUGGAUGCCGCUCUGGGGGCGGAGGAGAUGGUGGAGACCCUGACGGAGCGGAACCUGGACCUGGAGGAGAAGGUCCGCGAGCUGAGGGAGACUGUGGUGGACCUGGAGGCGAUCAACGAGAUGAACGACGAGCUGCAGGAGAACGCGCGGGAGACGGAGCUGGAGCUGCGGGAGAUGCUGGACCUGGGCGGCUCCCGCGUGCGCGAGGCGGAGAAGAGGGUGGAGGCGGCCCAGGAGACGGUCGCCGACUACCAGCAGACCAUCCAGAAGUACCGCGAGCUCACGGCGCACCUGCAGGAAGUGAACCGGGAGCUGACCAGCCAACAGGAAGCGUCCGCAGAGCUCCAGCAGGAUCCGCCCGCCGAGCUCUUCGACUUCAAGAUCAAAUUCGCGGAAACCAAGGCCUACGCAAAGGCCAUCGAGAUGGAGCUGAGGAAGAUGGAGGUGUCCCAGGCCAGCCGGCAGGUGUCUCUGCUCACCGCCUUCAUGCCCGAGUCCUUCCUGCGGCACGGAGGCGACCACGACUGCAUCCUGGUGCUGCUGCUUAUCCCCAGGCUCACCUGCAAGGCUGAGCUGGUGGGCAGACAGGCUCUGGAGAAGUUUGACCUGAACGAGGGCAGCCUGGGGCGGACGGGGCUCCGGGGCGCCGUGGGGGAGCAGCUGAGCUUCGCCGCGGGCCUGGUCUACUCUCUGGGCCUGCUGCAGGCCACGCUACACAAGUACCAACAGGCUCUGGGCCAGUGCAGUGUGGAGGUCUACAAGAGGAUCGGCUCGCUCUACCAGGAGAUGAGCGUUCACGAGCGCUCCCUGGACUUCCUGAUCGACCUGCUGCACAAAGACCAGCUGGACGAGACGGUCAACGUGGAGGCACUGACCCGCGCCAUCAAAUACUACCAGCACCUGUACAGCAUCCACCUGGCGGACCAGAGUGAGGACUGCAGCGUGCAGCUCGCCGACCACAUCAAGUUCACCCAGAGCGCUCUGGACUGCAUGGCGGUGGAGGUGGGCCGUCUGCGGGCCUUCCUGCACGCGGGCCAGGAGAAGACGGACCUGGCCGGCCUGCUGCGCGACCUGGAGACGUCCUGCAGCGACGUGCGCCAGUUCUGCAAGAAGAUCCGCCGCCGCAUGCCGGGCACCGAGGCCCCGGGGAUCCCCGCCGCGCUCUGCUUCGGGCCGCAGGUGUCGGACACGCUGUCGGACUGCAGGAAGCACCUGACCUGGGUGGUGGCGGUGCUGCAGGAGGUGGCGGCGGCGGGCGCCCAGAUGAUAGCCCCCCUCGGGGAGCAGGAGGGGCUGGCCGCCGUCAAGAUGGAGGACGUGGCCUUCAAGGCUGGGGAGCAGAUCUACGGCACCCAGGGGGCCAGUCCCUACGACUACCUUCGGCAGUCCUGCGGUAUUGUCAUAGCAACCAUGAACAAGAUGGCCACCGCCAUGCAGGAAGGGGAGUUCGACUCGGAGAAACCCCAGAGUCAGAUCGCCCCACCAGUGGAGCUGCGUGCGGCCGCCCUCCGGGCUGAGAUCACAGACGCAGAGGGUCUGGGUCUGAAGCUGGAGGACCGGGAGACCAGCAUCAAGGAGCUGAAGAAGUCCCUGAAGAUCAAGGGGGAGGAGCUGAGCGAGGCCAGCGUGCGUCUCAGCCUGCUGGAGAAGAAGCUGGACAGCUCGUCUAAAGACGCAGACGAACGCGUGGAGAAGAUCCAAACCCGGCUGGACGACACCCAGACCCUCCUCAAGAAGAAGGAGAAGGAUUUCGAGGAGACCAUGGACGCCCUGCAGGCCGACAUCGACCAGCUGGAGGCGGAGAAGGCGGAGCUGAAGCUGAGGAUCAGCAGCCAAUCGAAGGAGGGCACGCGGGGGACCUCCCCCUCGGGGAUCGCCUCGCUGGUGGCGGGGGCGGCAGGAGAGGAGCCUAAAGGGGGCGUGGUGCUGGGCGUGCCCGGGGGGGCGGGGCUCCAGGUGAUGGACUCCCCGCUGCUGAGCCAGCAGAUCCACGCCCAGCGGCUCUGCAUCAAGCAGCUGAAGAACGACAACAACAGGCUCAAGGCCGAGAGGAUGCGGGCCCAGCUGGCCUCCCUCCCCCCCCUGCGCCUGGCCCGUCUCCCCCCCAGGGACGGGGGCCAGCCUGAGGUGGUGUCCAGCGCGCUGUACCGCAAGACGGACCAGCUGCUGGAGACCCUGCUGCAGAUGAGCGCCAACGUCAAGGUGGUGGACAUCACCGGGCGGUCCCCAGUGACCCCUAGUGGCCAGCUGCUGGAACAGACGGCCAGACUGCAGGCCCUCAGCGACACACUGGACAGACUGAAGGACGAGGUAGCCGACCAUGUGGUGAGGCAGCAGCCGGGAGCUCAGGCCUCCUCAGACUUCGCUACCUUCCCCUCCACCUCCUACGUCAAGGCGCGGGACCGGCAGGGCGACACGGUGCUGGUGGGCCGGGUCACGGUCCCGUGCCCCCGCGGCCACGAGCAGGUCCACCGCCUGGUCCUGUCCCAGUCCCAGCUCCACAAGGUCCACAGUCUGCUGAAGACCUAGGCCCCGCCCCCGCUCCUGGCCCCGCCCCCCGCUCCCCCCCCCCCACCGCCCAAUCGGGCGGGCCGGCUGUCUCCUGUCCUCCAGGUAAUCUCACAUAGCCCCGCCCAUGAGGUCUAGGGGAGCACAGUGAUUGGUGGGGGCAAAGGGGGCGUUAUACUCAUACACAACCAAUGAAAUGAAGGCGAGUGUGAAAAUGGCGACAAGGAGGCGGGAGUUGACCAAAGGCUCCGCCUCUGAAGGUGUUAUUUCCGAGUUCGAGCCAAUCAUAUGGCUUCCUCAGGAUUUCUGAGGUGAAGAGGCGAGUUCCCCCCUCCCCCCAGAGCCGGUGUGGCCAUGAGAGAUUACCGUUGGGGAGACGGUGAUGCAGACUGGGAAGGCUAAUUGUGUCACAUGACCUGUUUAAAGCAACACUACUGCAUGUCCAACUCUCCUGAACCCCAACCGUACCCGGAUUGUACAGCGGACGCCAUUUUGUCACCUUCGACUAUUUACUUCCUGUCAGCUGAUGCAACAUUGCAGUGAUAUUUUAGCGAGCCCCGAAUUGGCUUUUGGCUUUGGCGUGCGAGUGCGUUUUAUCCUAUAAACCAGUGCAGUCUAUGAGGCCAAACAAUCUGUUAGUCCAGUAUGUUUGUUGAUGAUGAUGAUGACACUGUUGUUGUUUGUGGUGCUGAAGGCGCGUGACUGUGGUUCUCUCCGUAUAAUCUGUCGACGUUUCGUACCGCAAUUUAUAACCUUUCCGAAAGUCAAAGGGAAACCGAGUUUGUGUUAAUUCUGGUGGUACAGAACCGUGUUCGCUGGGAAAAAAGAUAUGCUGUCUAACUCUAAGGGACUUGUGUAUGUAACACUAAAGAUAACAUUUAACGGAACUACGAUGUAGAUGCAUACACAUCUAUGGGAUAUAUUCUAGGGUUUAUUAAGUUAUUUAGUAUUUAUUGCACAGACUGUCGACGCCAGUAAAGUGUUCCCUCCUGCUGUGAAACGCUCGCUAUGAAUUUGUGUGCGUUUUUGUACGGGACAGCAGAAUUGUAUUGGCUCCCAUCGUGUCAAACUUCACUUCCUGUUUGUUUUGCUCACUUCCUGUCCCAGCCUUGACACCAGAAAGCCUUGUGGUAGAGAUCGAUCACUGGUCUUUUUGCUUAUUUUGACCUCGUCAACGAGCAAAGCGACGUCUUUGCCAAAGAAUUUCUUUGAAAUCGUUUAUUGCAAUCAACGGCGAUAAGGUUUUAAAUAAUUUACAAAAGAAAAUGUCUUAAUUUAACACUUCCUUAUUUAUUUGUUUUUACACAGUAUUAUGUAGAUGAUGCCAUGUUAUAUAUAUAUAUAUUUAAUUCUAGGAGUUAUUUCAUUCAUUUUUGCUCAUUUGUGAGCAUAGUGCAUGACUGUGCACAUUAACCCCUGCUGUUCCGCCGUACGUCCCAUGUCCCCGUGGUUAAAGUCUGCCGUGAUGAAGGUAGCGGGCAGAGCUAGGGACUGCUAGGUCGGACCCUGUAACCUGUAUCUCUGUGCUCCGCUUCAUGCUAAUCAGUAAAUCAACCAAUCGAUCAAUAAAGACAACGGUAGGACCAA